ACGUUCACACGCUCGUCUUUCGGAGCCAUCACGAUCUCGACCUGACGUUUCGGGAAUUGAAGACCGAACAAAAAGACGUCGACUGGAAUACGAAGAGUAUUCGUGUUCGACCAACCCACACACGGCCAAAGCCCGAGCCCGCGUUGCCAACCUGGAGCCCUGCAACAAGCAGUACCAGCCUGGUAAAGCAAACGACACGAAGAUAGCAAGAUGUCACGUCGAGAAUAUUGUUAAGCGCUCCGAAGCACAUCAACGUGCUAGUUCGGCUGAGCAGCCUGCCUUGGUGGAGCAAGGUAGGAAUGAAUAUGUUAAUGCUCGUUAUGCUCGCCGUUCGGAGGAUGCUCGUGAUUUGUCGGCAAUUGGAAUGGGGGGUUUCAGCCACGUCCGCAACCAGAGGGAGUAAUAUGAGAACCUCAACACAUACGGAUAUUGCAGCAGGGCGCAAAAGGCGCGCGACGGGAGAGACACAGGUUGAUGGCGGAGCAGCUGAUAAAGCUGAUUUUGGCACGGUGUUGAGUAAAUAUCGGGUCUCGGGGGCAUCAGAGGACCUGGCAGCAUCUCGGGCUGAAGAGGGGGCUCUCAGAGCGCGCUUUGGCUACCAGAAGUCUCACGCCUCAGACGACAACACCGAGUCAAGAAAGCACGCCGGAAUGGACCCCGAGGACCUUAUCGAUGCCUCAGAGGCAUCAAGGCCUGGUGGUAUGAGUGAGAAAGCUGCCUCACUCUCCAGCCUGCUGUCUCUUCUCGAGAAGCGCACAGAUACCCAACGACAAAACUUCACAGCCGCCCACCAGCUCCAAGUCAGCACAAGUGAGGAAAUCGCGCUCCUGCGAACGAUUUCUAACCGCCACGACGAAGAGGUUGAGGCGUUCAAGCAUUCCAUUAAACGCGAAAAGGAGUGGCGAAAGUACCUGGAUAAACUUACGAAGGAGCACAAAACGAGGAUCGCGCAACUUGAGGCCAAGCUAAGCCGCGAGAGGGAGGAUAAGCAGAACUUCAAGAUGGCGACGGAAGGACGGGUUGAUGCGCUGCUGAAGCAUCAUCAGGAAGGCUCAGAGAAGAUAUUGGGGAAGAUGGGCGCGUUGGAAAAGAUGGUGGAGAAGCAGAGUGCGCAGAUUUCGUACCUGAUGCGACCUGUUCCGGUGGAGAGUGAGGGGUGUGAGAAGCCUAAAAGUCAGGCGAAGAGUACGUGGGUGGAUUUGGAGCCUGCAUUUGUUGAUGGGUGGAAUACGCAUUGAGAUAUGGAGCAUCUGGCACAGGUUUUGCUUCGAGUGAGUUUUAGUGGACUGUUCGGCCAGCGACGUUGAAGUCUGCGCUCGCUAAUGUAAAUGGCCGGGCACUUUCAAGUCUCAGUUCGCGUAGUGG